AUGCCUAAUGGCGAAACGGUACGAACGACGCAGAUAGAGCACCUGGACGAUGAACAGCGGCGCAGGUUACUUAAUGGCAUAAAUGACGUACUGUCUGGCCGUUUCGUUCCUCCAGAGCCGACUGACCGUAAAUAUCCUAUUUCUGCAUCGUGCCUACCGUCAAUGAUACCCUGCCAGACCAUUACCCCAUAUUCGUAUACGACGUCAUACAUCACUGGUGUCCGCCAACUGGAUAUAGAACUGCGGGAGUAUUUUACUUUCUUCAGGGAAAGGUAAAA